GGCUUGGCUGCGCAAGGGCCGUAGAUGCCGAUGGAGAAAUAACAUUGUCGUUUGUUAUCAUCAUGGGCAUCUUAUUGAAAUGCAUUUGGCAUAUUUAUGGAUGCAUGCUGUAUCAUCAGUUCCAGCGCCCAUGCAUUUUGUGAUAUCAGUCUAAUGGGGCUAAUUAGUACCUUUCACAAUUCUGCAGCAGCAAAUCUAGCGUAGAUUGGAAAUUCUUGCGCCAAAUGCAACAUUUUUCCCCAAUAAGGUUGUGUCGGCCCCUGCCUGUCUAUUUGGUACAUAGACCAAUUUCAAAUCGUCCUUAAUCGUCAUAAAUCCUGCAGGAAAGCACCAUGCUGACCAGCAUCACUGAUGGGAUUUUGUGCUGCCUGACUGGGAAAGCUGCCAGCCUGGUAUUGCCUCUGGAGUCAUCUGAACCCUCUGAUGGCUUUGAGUUUGUGGAGGUCAAACCUGGUAGAGUGCUGCGGGUGCGGCAUAUCAUCCCGGAGCGCCAGCCAGUAGUAACCGAAGACCAGGUGUCAGAGAAGAAGACUCACAGCGAUGAAGACUGUAAUGAUGACAACUGUCCUGAGGAUUCUAAUAAUGAGAGUAAAAGUGCUACCGGCAGCAGUGUGCACUGCAAGAGGAAGAUCACAGUCUACCGCAAUGGCCAGCUGGUGAUUGAGAAUCUGGGCGAUGUUCUGCAUUCUGAGAUCCUGCAGUGUCAGGACGGAGACCUGGAGCCCUGCAGCACAGUAGAGGUGGAGCUGGCUGACUACAAGGAAAUGGCCUCUUCUCCUGACCCCAAUCCGGUCCCCCCUGCUGUUCCUCCACCCCAUGGAGAACAGAAACCCGCUCCGCCUCCUCGCCGUCGCCGUCGCAAGCCCAAGCGCACAGUGCUCAUUGACUCCAAGAGGGUGAUCUCAAGCUGCAAAGGGACACACUCAGAUGUAGCGCUUUUCUUCGUACAUGGCGUCGGAGGCUCUCUGGACAUUUGGGGCAGCCAACUGGACUUCUUCUCACGGCUAGGCUAUGAAGUCAUCGCACCAGACCUGGCGGGGCACGGGGCCAGCACUGCCCCAGAGAUUGCUGCAGCUUACACUUUCUAUGCCCUGGCAGAGGACCUGCGUGCCAUCUUUAAGAGAUACGCUCGUAAACGCAACAUCCUCAUUGGUCACUCAUAUGGGGUGUCAUUUUGCACCUUCCUGGCCCAUGAAUAUCCUGAUCUGGUCCAUAAGGUGGUGAUGAUCAAUGGAGGGGGUCCCACAGCUCUGGAGCCAAGCCUCUGCUCCAUCUUCCAGCUGCCAUCUUGUGUCCUCCACUGUCUAUCCCCAUGUUUGGCCUGGAGCUUCCUCAAAGCUGGAUUUGCCCGUCAAGGUGCCAAAGAGAAGCAGCUGUUGAAGCAGGGCAAUGCCUUCAAUGUGUCCCCAUUUGUUCUGCGAGCCAUGAUGAGUGGGCAGUACUGGCCUGAGGGGGAUGAGGUCUACCAUGCCGAGCUGACUGUGCCCAUCCUUCUGGUGCAUGGCAUGUGUGACAAGUUUGUGCCCAUGGAUGAGGACCAGCGCAUGGCAGAGAUUCUCCUGUUUGCGUUCCUAAAAGUAAUAGAGGAGGGAAGUCACAUGGUUAUGAUGGAGUGCCCCGAUACUGUCAACACCCUCCUCCAUGAGUUCUUUCUAUGGGAGCCUGAUAUGUCCAAAAAGGACAAUGCCAAGACAGAUACAGAAAAGACUGUUACUGUCAGUGACACUCUCCAGACACUGAAAAUAAACAAGCCCAUGGACAAAUAACCAAGAAGGAAGCUAGUUUUAUCAUUGAACCAAGCAGAAGGCCUUCUUUGGCAGGUGGCAUGUGUUCUUAGGGCUGCUCCCAGGCUGAGAGCUGUUAUAAACAGGGCCACGUCUUCAGGAUGUGGGAGGCUACUGGUGCUCCAAGAUAAAGCAGGACUGUACAAAGGACUCAGGCAUGGUGGCAAGUAGAAAAGGAUCAAAGAAUGGAAAGUGCAUAAAGAUGAGAGGACCGGAUGCAAAUACAGGGACUGCCCAUUUCUGCUUCUCUUUAUGACAGAUGUCUGUGGCCCAUCAUGUCCUGUUUGCAAAAUGGUACAAUAGCUGGAGGUGCUAUUUCCAUUUGCAAUUUGUACAUGAAAUCUUUUCAGUGAAGAUGUAACCACUGACAGAACAAGGUGCAAAGGGCAUAAUAAUCAUAAAAUGGUGUUUGUAUUUCAUCGCCUUCAUCUAAUAUAUUCUGUGAAGAACUGCAGAGCUUCUACCCUGGCUUUGUGAGAAGGCCUUUAAUUCUGAAUUUAUGCCCAUCUUACAUGUGCUUUCAGUGAAAAAAACUGAUCUAAGGAUUAUGUAGUGAAUGGAGGAAUCAUAUAAUUACAGUAAUGUCAUUCUGCCAGUGCAAUGAGAACAGACACAUUAAUAUUAAAAAUUAUAAUUAGCCUACAGGCAUUUAUAUUAUUAUUGUACUAUCAAAUACAUAUUGGAUAGCAGUGGGAAGCUGGCAAAUGACAUGAAAAAUAUAUGCUAACACGUGUGGCUGCAAAAUGUAAUAAAUCAUAGAUCUACAUUUAAUGAUUACACCACAUCCAUACUUCAUGCCUUAAAGAGAAACACAAACAAAGUCACUGAGCAGCUGCAAAACCGGUCUCUUGUCAACCGUGCCCACACACUGCAUCAUUUCAACUCCAGUCACAUCUAUUGUCAGUUCAACUGACUGAUCAAUGCCCAAGUAUUUAAGUAUUUCCCCUUCAUAAUAUCAAGUUUGAACACCAAUUCAAAAUACUGCAGUACUAAGUGUGUCUACUUUGUGCAGAUAUAACCAAUUUAUAGUUGCUGCUUGAAAAUGAAGUAAUAUCUAAUGAGAGGUCUAUGAAAGUGGUCGAGACAACAGAUAUGAACAAACACGGAUGGCAAAAGGUUCCCCUCCUUUACUCUAGCAGCCAGAUCUGCAGUAGUAUUUAAAAAUAUUCAGCAUUGCUUUUUAAUCUUCCAAGGAUGCUAGGUACUGGGGCUCUGCAUGAGUUGAAAGUCAAUAACAGUGUGAGGGGUUUGUUUGAAAGAGUUAUGAUAUUGUCUCAUAAUGAAAAAUUUCCAGUGGACUCUUAUUUAAUCAAAUGAGUGUUCCUUCUACUCUAAGUGAUAUCUUUCCUUUAUUUUUUUUUUAAAUAACAGCAACUGCCAUAACAAUGAACUCAGUAUGUGGUUGUACUUACAGCUUCAAGCUGUUGUCUCUCUGACUAAGUUGAUAAAUGUAAAACAAGUAUCUUCCUCUACUUCCCUCUAGUCCACCCUAUUUAUCUGAUGGUGUCAAACUGAGAGAAUAACUAAAAGACAUUCAUUCAUGGAUAUUAUUUUGUCUCAUAAUGAGAUAGCAAGAUGUGAGCGAUUAAAAGUGUGAAGCACAGUCUAAUAUGCUCCCUGAUAGUGCUUACCUGUCGAUCAUAAUUUUUGUUGUGCAGAAAGUUCUAAGUAAACUGGCCAAUUUGAGGCUGGGUCUCCAAUGUGGAAACUCAAAUAUCAGUCAGCCAAAGGAGAAAUUCCCCUUACACAGGGGAAUAUCUGUACUCACCGGGUCUGUUACAUAUGCAUAUUGUCCGCAGAUGGAACAACAAGACUUGUCUUAUGCAACUGAAAGAAAGUAGAGAUAAGUUUGAUGUUUGGCGACAAGGAGUGUGGACAUUUUAUAGAGACAAAUACACUGACCUGGCACUGAUGCCUCUAAAGGGUAUAUGUUCUGUAUGGACUUUCCAAAAUACCAAUAAGUGCUGCUGAUGCAAUGUACUGUAUGUCUCCCUUUGGUGUAAAUGGUGCAUAACACCUGUAAGGACUACAGGGUGCACAUGUACUUCCUCUUCUGCUAAAAGUGUGCAUAUACAAACUGUCAGUGCUCCAAUGUGCUAUAUCUUUUUGUGGUUAAAAAUGUGUCAAUGUUAUUGUUGCAUUUAUUCAAUGAAAUCUUAACAUAUGCACUGCCUGAAUGUAGAUGCAUAUAACAAUAUAUAGCCUAUCAAAACUGUUGAAUUCAAUGUAUGAAUGUGCCUUUCCUGGCAUGAAAUAAAACCAAUGUUUGCAGUCU